AUAAAAGCAAAAGCAUUGGAUUUGGAAAUCAUUGCAACAGCAACAUUUACAACAUGAAGUUCACUCUUUUAUUCGGCUUUGUGCUGGCUUUGAUCGCCUUGGCUUUCGCUAACCCCAACCCGAUGCCCAACCCUGAACCCUUGCCCGGCGGUGGUGGCGGCGGCGGCGGCGGUGGCGGUUUCGAGCAAGAGCUUGGCGGCGGUGGUGGUGGCGGUGGCGGCGGUGGCAAAUAAACUUACCUGCCAGUUCCAAUACAUAUAUACUCGUCGACGAAAUUAUCUCUUCUAGUUUAUGUUUUCUUCAAUAAAAAAUAAUUGUCCCCACAACGGAAAAUA